AUGUCUCAAGGUCCGUUUCAUGAGCACCACAAGUACCUCCAGCAAGCUGUGCUGCAGCUGCAUCGUGCUGAGAAGUUGCGGCCCAACAAGCUGAACGGCAAUUUCGCCUUCAACUAUUGGAAGCAGCAGUGGGAGGACCAGCCAGAAGGGUCAAGUAACCUGCGCGCCUCCAAUGAGACAGUCAACAACGUGCUUAUUGUGCUCAAGAAAGUUUCUUGCCACUUGCCUUCAAAUGCGCUCGGAGAGUUGAUUGCAGACCUGGAGCAGCGGCUAUCUCAGCUGAGUCUCCCCGUGGAGGUUAUCACUCGCACGGUAGACUGCUUGCACAUUCUCAAGCGUAAUGUGCAUCGGGAGCGGCCUGAACUUGGUGAGCGUGCCAUCCAAGUAUGGUGCAAACAGAUGCUGGACAAGUGCCAGACAUUCCUUUACCAGGCAGUCAUGGGAACCAAGAAUGAGGGCAGCACAAUUCUGCAAGAGCAGUUGGUGCGCCAUCUCGUGCUCCUUGGGGAGGCAUCUCAGCCUGCGCCUUGCGCUGUCUCGAGCCAGCUUUACGACCUGGUUCAGGCCUACAUGACCAGUUCGGAGAGCCCAGAGACCAUGUCGGAACCCGACGCCAAGACAGGUGAUAUAAAGAUGAAACGAACCAAGCGGUCCCGGGCACGACAGUCUGGCUGUGGAAAGAGCUGCCUGCGAAUUACUGGACGCGUGCUUGCCCAUGCGGUGAUCGUGAUGGGUAUGCUAUGCAUACAGAAUGAAAUGCUUGCGAAGAGCGUAGUGUCAAUCAUGGGAAAUUCCCUCUCGUGCAGCCAGGAUCCAAUGAUGCAAGCCAACCUGAUAAUUGCACUGACUGACAUGUGCAAGCGUUACGCCGUCUUGGUCGACCCGUAUCUACCCGUCGUGACACGUUGCAUCAAAGACUCGGUUCCAGCUAUUCGCAGUUUGGUUGUCACAUGCCUAGUGCAGUUGCUGCAGCAGGAUUUUGUCAAGCUGCACGGACAGCUCUUUUACCGGCUACUUUCAGCCCUUGCUGACGACGAGCGAGAGAUUCGCCAGCUGGCAGAGUUCGGGCUGAUGGACUACGUGCUCAAGCGAAAUAACCAUCUCAUUUAUUACCGGUUUGUUGAGUGCCUCUGCUACUUCAACUCUUACCGCGGUUGCAGCGGCGAGGCGUCACAGGAAAACGCCGUUGAGAUGACUGAGCGGGACCGGUGCCUGUUCAGCCUUGAAGGGAAGGGGCGGCGGGACCAGCGCAUGGCUCUGUACUGCUUCAUGUUGCUCAACAUGCCGGAUGAAGAUAGGUUCAAGCUGACCCUUGCGCUGACCCAUAGUGUGCUUGUGCCGUGUGCUGACGAGACAAACACUGGCCCCGGUAUGGAAAAGGAAUGUCCUGAGCUGUUGCAUGACGCAUUGUCGGUGCUGUGCUCCAAGGAGAUCAAGCUGGGUGCCAUUGCAGCUGCAGCUGAGGAUGCAGCUACAGAGAACCCUGUCCAGGCCUUGCUGCACACCACACGCAAAACAAUACUGAGCACUGUGGUGCGGGUGAAUUUGUUGGAGAACGUGAUUCCUGUGGUCAUUGCUCUCAAGAACAAGUUGGAGGCCGCCCGGUCACCACUGAUGCGGUCACUGCUCAUGUUCCUGCGCGAGCUCAUGCGCGACUACAAGGCGCAGGUCGACGAGAUGCUGUCGGCGGACAAGAAGCUGGCCAGCGAGAUUGCCUUUGACAUGCGGCGCCUGAAACGGAAGGAAGAGGAGGCCGCCGCCAAGGGCAAUGCGGUCGCAACACCAGAGACUCCUGUACGUGCCGUGAAACCGGAGCUCAGGGAACUGCUUGACACAGCGCGUAAGCUCAAGGAAGAGGCCAGCAAGCGGCGCUGCAUUGUGGUGCUACCACAAGUGGCAUCCGAGGAAGAGACCUCUCAAAAGCAGAAUGGCAAUGGUGAGCCUACGCCCCAAGUACCCGCAGCCAGCAAGUCCGCCUCCGAAGUGAUGCCGCGAAGCCGUUCAAGCAGCUGCGCCAACCCAACAGCCCGAAAGGAACUCGUGAUGGACCUAGCUGACAGUCAAAAUUUCAGCAACAGAGACACUGAACUAAAUCUGUCUGUCGAACCGGUUCGGAAGGGUUCCUGCAAAAAGUUCCGGCUCAAGUUCGGUUCCAAGAUGGCGGGAAACAUAUCAGUUCGGUUCUUCUCCGGCUGA